AUGUCGGUCUUUGACCUUAUCGAUCACUGUUCCACCUUAUUCGAGGAACUGAAGGAGCAUAUCUAUACUUCUCUGGGUCUCAAGAGUUACAUUAGAGCAUAUUUGAUUUUCAACUACUUCAUAAAUUCAUUUAUCAUGGAUAUCAUUGGGCGGAAUGUAUUUGAUGUUGAUUUGGAUUCUUUGCAGCUGUACAUGGACGAAUACUUGACAUCGCACAAACUCUUAUCGUUUGACAUCCAGGAACUUUUUGGAUGGUUGAAUGAGUACAUUGAGUUUUUGAAGCAUAAGGACGAUGACUCUGAGGAGGAGGAGGAUGACGACGAUUUUGGCCAGGAGAUCAGCGCUCCAGCAGUUUCGAAGCCCUACUAUCAAACUGAGCCGACUAACCUGCUAAAUUUGUCGGACAUCAUUAGACAGGGUGAUCCUGCCGACCAACUGAGUGAUGUUGAUAUGUCGGAUUUUGCCAAUCGUUUCCCGGAAGUCGCUACUGACUCUGAGCUAGUUUCAGAAACGCCUUAUCCAGUGCGGUUGUCUCGUCUGUCUUUAGCUGAACCCCCUUUGCAUAAUAAUCGUCAAAAUGAUGGUUUGUCACAGAACAAUGUCUCACAAGCCCCAUACAGCAUGAAUCAACGUCAUGAGGUGAUGUCCCAGCCCCCGCUUAAUCCGCCAAAGCAUAUAUCACCUCCAUACGCCACACCAUACGAAAAAUUAGCUGCUGGGCCUUCCGUUGUUUCCCUCCCGCCUAACGGCCAAUCUAUGGCUUAUGGAAACAACGGUAAUGCAUUCCACUUUCAGAACAGAUCGCAUGUACAGCUCCCAGAUCGACAAGCACAGUAUCAACAGCAUGGCCAAACAUAUCAGCAUCAUUACAUGCUGCCGCAAGUCCCUCAACCACAUCAAUUUAACUCACAUCCAAUGAACCAUAUUAACGGGACAUAUUCUGCGCCGUAUCAGGUGGCAUCCCUGUUAAAGCCUGGCUUUAAUAUACCUUUCGAGCAGCAAGAUGCACAAGAGUUUCUUCUAUUUGUCAUCGACAAGGUUCACGAGGAAUUGGCAAGACCGCCAAGUGAAGAAGCGCUUCAAGCCGACUACGUAACGCGUUGGGGCGUCGAUGUCACUCCUAGGGAAAAAGAGGAGUACUUGAAGUGGUAUAGGUCUCUCAUGAAAGCUGAGGGUGUUUCUCCUAUGAAUGAUUUGUGCCAGGGUCAUGUCCGCAGUCAGUUGAUCUGUAACAAAUGCGGCUGCACUUCGAAUAGUUAUUCAUCGUUCUCAAUGCUUUCGCUCCCGAUUCCGAACCUCGGAAGAGAUAUGGUGGACUUGGUUGAGUGUUUGCGUUAUUUCUCCCAAGAUGAAGUGCUCAGUGGAGACAAUGCCUGGAAGUGCCCUAGAUGUAAUAAGUCUGAUGGUGAAGGUAACCCGAUGGAUGUUGUUUUCCAACAGAAGAAAUCUCUUAAACCAUGGAAGAAUAGAAACUCACUGAAAAAAUCCAAAGAGAGUGUCGACGACAAAGGACCAAUCACAAUCAAAAAGUUAAGCAUAAUCAAGUUGCCUCCGGUUUUGUUUAUUCAUUUGUCCAGGUUUUCCAUGUUCAGUGUCACAGAUAAGCUAAACGCUGUCAUUUCAUACCCACUACGGCUCAAAUUCAACCAUCAAACUGGUGAUGUUCAUUAUAGCUUGACAGGUCUUAUCAACCAUUUUGGCAAUCUCAAGAGUGGCCAUUAUACCUCUCUCGUUAACAAAUCGAAGGAUAGUUCUGACAGGUUGUUGAAUCCCGAAUGGUGCUACCUUGAUGAUGAGAACUUCAGGCUCCACGUCAGAAGCGGCCAACCGUCUUCAUUCUCGUGA